AUGGAUCUCCCCCUAGAUCCUCAGUUGACUUCCCCGGAUUUCUUAGUAGCAAAGGAACUACUCGGGCAAAAUGAACGACCGCAUGAGCACAGCAACAGCAAAGAAACUAUCAAGAAGCUAAAGGCUCUUAACGAUGUCACCGAUCCGGAUUUUGACCCCACGGUCUUCCAAUUCUGGGAAACACAUCUACUUCGACGAAAGCUGCCUCAUCGCAUCCGAAAGUACUUACUGGAGCCAUAUAUCCGCUGGGCUCAGGAGGUCGCACGUUUUCCAACCGACGUCGUGAUGAUCACACAUCUCCUGCUUUACCUGACGAGCUCGAUCCCCAGUGCGCUUUAUCUCUAUUGCUACCACUUCAGCUGGAUUCAUGGCCUCCUUCACUGGAUCGUGCACGUCUGGUAUGCGGGCAGCUACACGCUCAUGAAACAUCAAUAUGUCCACAUGAAAGGCGUCUUGGCUCCUCAAUAUCGUCUGAUCGACACGCUCUUCCCGUAUAUUGUCGAUCCCUUCGUGGGCCAUACGUGGAAUUCUUACUACUACCACCAUGUGAAGAUGCAUCACGUUGAAGGCAACGGGCCCCGAGAUCUCAACUCAACCAUGUGGUAUGAUCGAGACUCGAUUGUCGACUUUGCUCUCUAUGUUGGCCGGUUCUUUUUUCUUAUUUGGCUGGAUCUGCCGCUGUAUUUCCUGGGAAAGGGGCAAUACUCCACAGCGUUCAGGACUGCAUUCUGGGAGAUGAGCAAUUACAUCGCCAUUGCUUUGUUGUACCAAUAUGGCCAUGCCCAGGCCACAUUUUGCGUCUUUGUCUUGCCACUUUUGACACUUCGUGCCGGACUGAUGGCCGGCAACUGGGGCCAGCACGCAUUUGUGGAUCCUAGCGAUCCCUCAUCCGAUUUCCGAUCCAGUGUGACCUUGAUCGAUGUAGCUAGUAACCGAUUCUGUUUCAACGACGGAUACCACACCUCUCACCAUCUCCAUCCCCGCCGCCAUUGGAGGGAACACCCAGUAGCGCUCCUGCAGGACCAAAAGCGCUACUCGGACGAGCGGGCACUUGUCUUUCGAAAUGUGGACUACCUCAUGCUGACAGUGAAAUUGCUCCAAAAAGACUACAUGCACCUGGCCCGAUGCAUGGUGCCUAUUGGUCCUGAGCAGCGAGAGAUGAGCCUGGAACAACGUGCAGAUAUGUUACGGAGCCGAACCCGACGCUUGCCCAAUGCGUACUUAAAGCGCGACAGCUUGAAAAAACGAUGA